AUGUCGUCGGAGGAGAGUGAGCCCGUCGAGGCGGCCGCUGGCUCAGGCUUGGUGAAUCACAGCGGCCAAAGUAGCUCCUCGGCAAAGCCCAGCACGGGAAGUCGCAGUUCGGCCGCGGAUCGUGGCGGGGGCAAGGCUCGUGCCUGGUUCAGCGCUUAUGGACCUCGGUGCAAGUGCCCCAGCGGCAGCACGACGAGUACACCAUCAGGGCCCAGCCGCCCUCCUGGUUCUGGAGCCACGCUGGAGGACGACGAUCCCCUCAAAGGCUUCGAGUUAAGCUUUCUGUCGCUAAGCGGCGUGGACGACACAGUCUCGCCGCGAACGCUGUGCGACAUCUCGCAGGAAUUUUCCUUCGUGGAGUGGGGUGUGAACUUCCGGGCCGAGAAGCAGGGUCGCGAGCCGAGAUAUGCCUCGCUCGCGUGGCUGCGACAGUUACAAGAGGAGAUCGACCGGCGGCAGCAGACUGGCAAGUUUGCUCCGAUCCACUUCGCGGCGCACCUGGGAGGUGAGUACUGCGUGGAUGUCUUAAAAGGCGACGCCUCGCUCGUGCGGACCCUGUGGGAGGAUUACGGAUUCCUGCGGGUGUACCUUUGCCCGACGCGUGCAAACGGCGUGAACAGCUCGCAGCUGAAGAAAUACCUGACGACUCUGCGGCAAGUGAUCCUGGCGCUUCCCCAAGUCGAGUUUGUCUUGCUCGUGACCAAGGAGACCAGAGCUCUGACGUUUCAUCUGAUGAACGACUGUCAGCCCAAUCUUGCCUUCUUCUACUUCUCAGAGGAAGCGGAGGCUGGCACCAGCGAAAGCAGCGACAAGUCUCGGGUGCAGAGCACUGCCCCGACAAACGGGCAGAGUUCGCGGGUGAAGCGACCCGCGCCCUGCCCACAUCCUGGCAUCCACUGCGGCUACGGCGGCGGCUUGACAAGUGAGAAUCUCACGACUGAGCUGCGGAACAUUGCGCGCGCUGUUGGCCCACCCAAGCGCACGGUUUGGGUGGAUUUGGAGUCUGGUCUUCGGUCUCGCGCAGCCGGGCGGCCGGAUGAGUUUGACCUCGGAAAG